GUCAUUUCGCAACGAGGUUGAGUCGAUCUGCGCGUGAAUCCGGUCCGAUUGAAUCAAUCCUCAGUCUGCAGCUGUUUGCUUGUUUUUGUUUUCCAGGAAUUAUUAUUAAUAUUAUUAUUAUUCACGUUGUUUAUUUUGAGUCUUCUGCCCCUCCUUCAUGCUUCCUGUUUUAUUUCGAAAUGAUCGAGCAGCUUCCCAUUGACCUGAGGGACCGCUUCACGGAGAUGAGGGAGAUGGACCUGCAGGUUCAGAAUGCCACGGAUCAGCUGGAGCAGAAGGUCAUUGAGUUCUUCGUCAACGCCAAGAAGAACAAACCGGAGUGGAGAGAGGAGCAGAUGGAGGUCAUCAAGAAGGAUUAUUACAAAGCUCUGGAAGACGCAGACGAGAAAGUGCAGCUGGCCAAUCAGAUCUAUGAUCUGGUGGACCGGCACCUGCGUAAGCUGGACCAGGAGCUGGCCAAGUUCAAGAUGGAGCUGGAGGCGGACAACGCGGGCAUCACAGAGAUCCUGGAGAGACGGUCUCUGGAGAUGGACAGCCCCUCCCAGCCCGUCAACAACCACCACACACACUCACACACUGGCGCGGAGAAGAGGAAGUACAGCACCCCGGCUCAUCACACCACAGAACACGUUCCAGAGAAGAAGUUCAAAUCUGAAGCUCUGCUGUCCACACUCACCUCAGAUGCCUCCAAGGAGAAUACUCCAGGUUGCCGUAGCAACAGCACCCCCUGCUCCACCACCAACAGCACCAGUGUGUACAGUGUGACCCCCCCCCAGCCCCUCUCCUCCUAUAACCUCAGCUCCCUGCCCCCGGGGCCAGGAGCCGGGGCAGGGGCCAUCAGCAUGGCUGCUGCUCAGGCCGUGCAGGCCACCGCUCAGAUGAAGGAGGGGCGCAGGACGUCCUCUCUGAAGGCGAGCUACGAGGCGAUCAAGAACACGGACUUCCAGCUGAGCCGAGAGUUCUCCCUGAGCCGAGAGACCCCCGGCUUCUCCUCCUCUGCCCUCGCCAACACCCUCACCCAGACCCUCACCCCCUCCCCCGCCGCAGACUCCCGGGGCCGCAAGUCCAACAGCAUCAAGUCGUCCAACCACCAGUCCUCGUCCUCGUCCUCCUCCUCCUCGCUGUCCUCCUGCUCCUCCUCCUCAGCGCUUGCUCAAGAGCUUUCCCAGCAUGCAUCAGCGCUGCCCGAGGCUGAGGCCAACAGCCAGGUGGACUGGACCUACGACCCCAACGAGCCCCGCUACUGCAUCUGCAACCAGGUGUCUUACGGAGAGAUGGUUGGCUGUGAUAACACAGAUUGUCCCAUCGAGUGGUUCCACUACGGCUGUGUGGGUCUGACGGAGGCUCCGAAGGGGAAGUGGUUCUGUCCUCAGUGCACCGCGGCCAUGAAGAGGAGAGGCAGCCGGCACAAAUAGACUCUGCUGCUGCUCCUCCUCCUCCUCCUCCUCCUCCUCCUCACACAGCAGGAGGUCUCUGUGCCAACACGUUAAACCCAGCCCUCAGAUUUUGUUUACUCAGAACUCCAGUCUGUCAGGGUCUCUGUACUUUAAUAAACCUACUCGCUGGAGACCCCCCCCCCCCCUUUAUUCUGCCAUACUUAUUACCCAGAAUCCCACUGGCAUCCUUCUGUGUUUACUAACAAGGGUCUUCUCAUCCUUUAAAUGUAAACCUGGGGAUCUAAACUCGAGUUUUAAUACAAUUUAAAAAAAGAACUACAAACAUGGCCACUGCUGGACUACAACUACAGAAGCCUGAAAGAGAGGAGGCCCUGGUGUGUUUCAGUGUGUGAGUUCAGAGAGACGUCAAUAAAGAUCUGAAGAGGAUUUCUGUA